GCGAGAGUAUACCAUCUAUUCAUUGACGAUAGAGAUACCUUAGCUAAGGAAUGAAAAAAAUUAUUGUGCUGUUGGGAGUCGUCGUUUGCUCCUACAGUUCCGAUUGGAGCUUUGGAAAUCAUGGCGGUGGUGGACUUACGCUGGGAGAAAUUUCCUUAGACCAUCAUGACUUGGGGGCGUUUACCCUGGGAGGAACAGAAAGCCAUUCCUUAGAUUUGUUGAAAGGUCAUUUGCCAAUAAAAAUUAGUGAUUGGCACUUGGGCAUCGGCGGUCUUCACGGAGCCAAUAUCAUUCCUAUUAUUCAACAUAUCGGGAUACCGACGGUCCAACAAAUCCCGAUCAGCGUAUCGCAUCCGGUGGUGGAGACGGUCCCGCAGCCUUAUCCUGUUGCCGUGCUAGUACCGAAGCCUGUACCAUUUCAGGUGGAAAAGCAGGUAUUCAAAACUGUGGAGAAGAAGGUACCGACGCCCGUCGAGAAAAUAAUUCCGGUUAAAAUCGAGAAGCCGGUGCCGUUUCAUGUGGUGAAAUACAUACCCGUACCGGUCGAAAAGCCGAUUCCGAUCAAGAUUCCUGUCUACAAGACCAUCGUGCACAAAGUCAAGCAUUGAUUCCUCGCGUUACGAAAAUAUAAUCCCUCUUUGUUGUUGAUUUACUUUGUUUAAUUAAAAAUAUAUACACGGUGCGAGAAUAUAUUUCGCAAUACUACAGCACUGUUGAACAAUUAUUUAUUAAAACGUUU